AUGAAAAAACAUGGGGGAGAUCCAUAAAAAUGGUUAAGAUUGUCGCGUAUCUAACUAUAAUCAUCAUUAGCCAUCAACCAGUGGCUUAUUCCAAAUAUGAAUAAUUCCACAUAUUUGUUUGGCAAAAUCAUAUGAAUUUUACCUAUUUAUAGGAUCUUAAGCAAAUGUGCAAAAGCAACAUAUUGUGUGUUACUGUGGGAGAUGUAGUCUGAUGAGCUAUUUGAAGAACAAAAGGCUCACAGGAAACUACAUACUGCAUUUAAAACUCAAAAGAAACCCCGUUAGAACAUCAUAAGCCCCCGGUAGAUAAAAUUAACAUAAUUUUGUUUCUAGAUGGUUUGUUGUGUUUAGCCAAGUAUCAGCAGCAAAGCAAGCUGCUAUAACUGUUGGGGACAUUGAGUACACUGUGCACCACAAGGUUGUGAGCACCAUCCACCCAAAGCAGAGAGUCUCACUCCUACCUUUUGUUACAAAAGUGUGUUGGGCUGUUGAAGAAAGAUCCAGCCAUUGGCGCACACAAAAAAAUCCAGGUUGCAGCUGCAGGUGCUCUCCUACUUAGCAGUGGAUAGGAAGAUGUGUAGUUCCUUCCUUGAUGUCCCCCACCAAGCACCAAUCCACCAUCAUCCUCCAAAGAGAAGCUACUGGCCUAGGUCAGGUAGUGGGCAGAGAGCAAGCAUGAGACAGUCCAGGCGCCUACUGUUGUUCUUGACGGAAAGAAGGAACACAAAAGGUGAGCAUGUAUAUUUCUCAAAAGCACAGUGCAUCCCCUCCAAGCAUGCCCACACCUCCAUCAUGAAAGUGCCCUCUUCUCUUGCCUCCCUCAUUUCCUCAUGGUGGCAAUGUGGGAUCCAUGAUUAAUCUAAUCUCUAAAGCAUUAUAUAUAUUUUCCAUAGUAUUACAUCUCUGAUUGAUUUGUAAACACAGGGUGCCUCCUGUCACUGUUUCUGAUUUAGCUGCGCUGUUUUUGUUGAAAAACUUUUGGAGGCAUGGAGAUUAGAUGUAGAUAUUUUGUAAGUGCUGGGCUUUAGGAGGAUGUUGACUUGAGCGAUUUAUUCCGGAGAACAAAUAUACGCAAAGAUUUACUCCUUUUUGCUUUUGGGAUGAAGAUUGCUUUCUUCUUCUUUAAUGCCGUGCCCACCAGGUGUUCGAUAGAAUGACAAAACCCCAUAAUCAUGUAAGGCUUACAUCUGUCGAGUACAAGUUCAUUUAUUGCACAUGUCCUUGUUAUGUUCAUGGUGGAUGCAGGUUGGCUGCUUCCAAGAGGACACCUGUGUCAGUUUUCUUUCGCCAAGUGAGAAGGCGAGGUGAUCUCUCACGGGGACGAGGAUCAGGGAAGGUAGGGAGGUUAUACGGCAAGGGCAAGGUUACAAGAGAUCGUACAGCUUAACUUUUCUUAUUUAGCAUUGCGACUUUAGCAAAGAAUCUGUGCAAUGUUUCCCCUUUCCUGUACAUAGUUAAUGGAUGAGGAGCAAGAAACCACCAUAGGCAGUGCACCAUAUGCGGCGAGCAUCCGCAAGCUGUGAAAGCACACCCUUUAUCCUGAGUUGACUAGAGAAUAUCACAAACAGCCACCAUGCCUGCAAAUUGUUGCGUACGCGCUUAUUCCGUCUAUGUCAUCUUUUGGAAUAGGCUAACGUAUGGUACGGAUUUCUCGCUUCCGUAGGGCAGAAUUUGGUCUCCAUUUGAGAGAAAUAGAUAAGGGAAUUAUCCAUCAAUUCAACAUCAACAGUAACCUUUCUUUAUCUUUCAGAACAAUCUGGCCCUGUUAUUGUCAACUAAUCCUUGGAUGCUUCUAGUUGGCAUGCAUGUAGCAUUGCAUUUGGUAUUUGAUUAUGGCCAAAAGUUAUAUUGGCUAAAUCGAGCUUGGGACCUAGUUAGUUUUGAUCCCCUGCAAGUACUCAUGGUGCUGCAAAUUACAAAACAAAGUUAAGCAUGUAGUUCGACCUCAUAGUGUUUUGUAUUCUAGAUUAAUCAUUCCUAUGUUGAUACAAUUUCUCCAGUAUAAUUUAGAAGUGGAUAAAAUGUACUCUUAUCUUCGAUGCUGCUCACCUUACUGUGAUGCUUGGUUGCCCCUGGUUGCGUGUGAUCCUAUAUGAUGGCUGUACAUGAUAUGUAUUCUUAGGAGCAUUAUUGGUAACUUUAGCUUGGUUAACCGAUUAUCCUUGUCUCUCCAUGUGCACUUGAAAAGGUCCACAGAUAUUUUGCGAUGAUGCUUAGGCCCAUGGGGAAGCAUCAAGUUUGUUUUUAAUGCUUUCUUUCUUCUCUUUCUGCUCACGAUGAUGAGAACCUUAAUAUUUUGCACCACUCUUGCAUAGAUCUGGUAACAAGUUGCAGUAUUAUGCACAAGCAGAGGGUCUCUACUCUCUACUCCGGAAGAGUAUGUAAGAGUGCCAGAGUCAGUCAAUCCAGUGCUACUCCUACCAGGUUAUCCUGUCCCUCAGACGAUGUUAAUCGUUAAACAGCCAGCUAUAUAGGUUAGAGCUUUGCAUUUAUGUGGAAUGUCUACAAAUGAGGAGACAUCAUGGUACAACUCACCUAUACAAUUAAGAUAUGGUCUCCUCUCAAUUUGUAUCAGAUCAUACUUCAUACAAAAAGAUGGACCAUAUGAGGGCACAUUUUUUGCACCAUUGCUAGGAUCUUCAACUUGUUUCUAGCCUUUUUGGCCUAGAUCUUAUAAGAUUUGCAACCAUGCUAUCAUUUAUACCUGUUAAGUAAGCAUGCUACUGUUUUUGUUUUUGAAUCUCUAUGUGUCACACAUGUUCUAAUCGCUUUUGGGAUCUUCAACUUGUUUCUAGCCUUUUUGGCCUACAUUUUUUAAUACUUGCAACCAUGCGAUCAUGUAUACCGGUUAAUUAAGCAUACUACUUUUUUUUCGAAUCUCUAUGUGUCACACAUGUUCUAAUCGCUUUCUAGAUGUAUUUCAAGGCUGACAUAUCUUUACAUGGUUUUGUCAAGGAAAAAUGAGAUGUAAUUCUUAAAAGGUGCAUAAUGGUAAACAGGUGGAGUUUCAUGUGACAAGAAAAAAUGAGAAAGAUAGUAAGUGGAUCAUCUUACAUGGGCAGAUGGGCUGCACUUUCUAAUUGGGUAAGAAUCUCUCUUGUAAAGUGGACAUAUUAAGCAGAUAUGCUUCUCAUGAUCAUGCACACCGCAUUAUAUAAGGGGCAAACAAGCUCCAGAAGAUAUUACUUUGAGCCCUUCUCUCCUCUUCAAGUUAAAGUCCAUUUCUGAUCCUUCUUUUGCUUGUAUCAUGGACAAUAAUGAGUUAGGCUGCAAGCGAAACGACGCUCUUCAAGAGCUCGAGAUGCUGACAGUGAAUGCCAAGGAAGCCCAACAGCUUAUACUGACAAAAAUCCUUGAGAGUAACCAGGCUAGUGAGUACUUGAGCAAAUUCAUGAAUAGAUCCACAAACACAUCCACCUUCAAGAGAAACGUCCCAGUAGUGACAUAUGAUGUGGUCCAGCCGUACAUCGCAAGGAUCUCAACUGGCGAGGAUUCUUCCAUUAUAUCUGGAGACCGAAUCGUUGAACUGCUGAGAAGCUCCGGAACUUCUCGGGGUGAGCCAAGAUUGAUGCCAGCCAUCUCCGAGGAUCUUGACCGUCGAACCUACCUUUAUAGUCUGCUAAUGCCGAUAAUGAACAAGUAUGUAUCAGGCCUUGGUGAGGGGAAGGCCAUGUAUCUUCUCUUUGUGAAAGCGGAAACACUGACGAAUUCUGGCAUUCCAGUUCGAUCAGUCCUCACUAGCUAUUACAAAAGCCCUCAUUUCCUGCACCGCAAACAUGACUUGUACAACAACUACACCAGUCCUGACGAGGUCAUCCUUUGCCCUGACAGCCAGCAGAGCAUGUACUGCCAGCUGCUCUGCGGCCUGGUUGAACGCCAGCAUGUCCUCCGUCUUGGGGCAGUCUUCGCCUCGGCGUUCCUUCGGUCUAUCAGCUUUCUUGAGCAGCACUGGUGUGACCUUGUCAAUGACAUACGUAUUGGUAAACUCAAUUCCAAUGUCACCAACACCGAGUGCCGGUUGGCCAUGGAGGGCUUUCUCGCAUUGCCCAACCCGGAGCUCGCUGAUGAGCUUGAGGAAAUCUGUGGCCAUGGGCCAUGGAAGGGGAUUCUAGGUAGGCUAUGGCCUAACGUCAAGUACAUCGAAGCUGUUCUUACAGGCACAAUGGCACAAUACAUCCCCAUGCUGGAGUUCUAUAGUGGUGGUAGGAUUCCCUUGGUAUGCACCAUGUACGCCUCGUCGGAGAGCUAUUUUGGUGUCAAUCUGAGGCCACUGUGCAAACCAACCGACGUGUCUUACACCAUCCUCCCAAACAUGGCCUACUUUGAGUUCAUUCCUUUGGAGGAUGGCCUCAGAGUGACGGAUGAUGAGGAGGUGGUGGGGAAUGACAAGCUUGUCAGCCUGGUGGAUGUCAAGGUCGGAUGCUACUAUGAGCUUGUGGUCACCACAUUUUCUGGUCUUUACAGGUAUAGGGUUGGCGAUGUGCUUCAGGUCACAGGCUUCUACAACCGUGCGCCGCAGUUCAAAUUCAUCUGCCGGAGAAACGUGAUCCUCAGCAUUGACACCGACAAGACCAACGAGGAGGAUCUCCACAACAGCGUCACGCGUGCCAAGAAGAUCCUGGAGGACAGAAACCACAUCCUCCUGGAGUACACCAGCUACCCAGACACUUCCACUGUCCCUGGCCACUAUGUGCUCUUCUGGGAGAUCAAGUCCACCUGCGAAGGUGUGAAGCCCCUCGACCCUCAGCUCCUCGAGAGCUGCUGCAUCUCUGUUGAGGAGUCGCUCGACUACAUCUACAGGCGCUGCAGGGCGCACGACAAGUCGGUAGGCCCGCUGGAGAUACGGGUGGUUGAGGCCGGCGCGUUUGAUGCUCUGAUGGAUCUGCUGGUCAGCCAGGGCAGCUCCAUCAACCAGUACAAGACCCCGAGGUGCAUCGAGUCCGGCCUCGCGCUGAAGCUGCUCAACUCCAAGGUCACCGCUUCCUUCUUCAGCCCCCGGGAUCCCGAGUGGACCGUGUAAGAGCUUUCAGGUAGGGCCUAGGAGAGCUACAUUUCUCCGGUCUGAUCGUACCAGCCUGCUGCUUGCUGGGAUAAGAGAGUAUUUUCUGCUGCUCGCCCUUUUAUAUUCAGAGAACUACUGCUUAUUAGCGCAUUCCUUGUAUUAUCAUCACCCAAGCCCUAAAAAGCAGAGUGAAUGAAGUAUUCGCCAGUUUUUCGCUACUCUCUGUAUGACUGUAUGUACUCCCUCUGUAAGCUAAUAUAAGAGCGUUUAGAUCACUAAAGUAGUUAUCUAAACACUCUUAUAUUAGUUUACGGAGGGAGUACUUCUGUAUGAUUGUUGGCCGGAGCUCCCAAGUUAAUGGUGGUACU